CAACGCAGAUAUGGUGAGCAGGAGGAAGAUCCUGAGCAGGUCAUAUGACGAUUUGGACUUGAUGGACGAGCAUGACGAAGAUGGCCCGUCGACGUUGGCGUCCACUGGCGCCUCUGUCGUGGCGGCUUCGAGAGGCGGCAGCAGCGGCGGCGGCGGGAGACCAGCGCCACCUGCCGACGAAGAAGACGUCUGGCACUCCAAGGACAAGUUGUACCGGGACCACAUCCAGGAGGUGCUGAACAAGUGGGAGCACAUUGAUGAUGAGAUCUGGGCAAAGGUGAUUGUGAUGGAAAGGAACAAGAGGGUGGCCAAGGCUUAUGCCAGAGCACCUGUGUUGACAGUCAAUGGAUCUGAUGAUGGCUUUGAUGGCUACAGGAUUGGUCUCAGAGGCUUUGAUUCAGGCUUGAGGGACCAGGAGGCAGAAGAAAUCAGGAGGCUGGUUGGCCAUGGAGUCAAGUUCAAGAUGGAUGCCUCUGGGAACAUCUUGGUGAAGAGAGUGUCUCGCAGUCCAGUCCUGGUCAUGAAUGCUGCUCUUGAUGAAACUGCAGCCUCAUCAGAAAUCAUGAAACUGGCCAGGGGUGCCCUUCCCUUUGACAAGCCAGAAACGCUCUUUGAUGUCCGCAAAUUUCGUCAGAAUGUGGAGCGUGAGUUGAAGAGGGCAUAUCCAGACAGAAGGAAGUUGGAGAACCAGUGUGUGUCUGCCAUCAGUUUUGUGCAUGGUGCAGCAGGGAACUUGUUGGCUUGCCCUGUGUGGGUUCUUCUCAUCAACAUGGUUGCCAUGGACAUGCUCAAGGCAAAACUGCCACCCAUGAUGAACAAGAGGUCGCUGUCGUCGUCGGCGGCCCUCAACAAGAACACGCCGGCCAUUCACCACGGCGGGGGAUCUUCGGAGGAGGAUCCCUACAGCCUCAGUGGCUCAGCGACCUCUGGCGGCAGCAGCAGCUCUGGCAAGGACCUGAUCCCACUCUCGGGCCCGUCCACCAACGGCGGGCCAUCUCGACGCACCGGCACUGCUGGCAACAGCACGACCAGUCGUCAGGACUCGGGCUACAGCUCCAACUCCAACAUCAACGCAGCCGGCAAGACGAGCAGCAGGGAGUUUAACGAGGACCCCGAUGCGAGGAUGCGGCAACUGCUGCGACGUGGGCAUCAGAAUGGUAGGGUGCCCGGCACGUCAGCAGGCAACAAGAAAAAGGACGACCCCUAUUAUUGCGGCCUGCGGGCCAAGCAGACGAAACCCCGGUUGUGGGACGCCAGUCACAUGCCGCCAACUUCCACAGUGAGUGCAGGCAGCAGCAACAACAACAGACGCAGUCAUCCCCCAACCACAGCAGCAGCGUUUCAUCACUCGUCCCACGGCUACAAUUCGAAUGAGCGGCCAUUUUACCCGCUCAAAACUGGCGGAUUAGUAGGAGCUAAUCCCGCAAACCGGCUGUUGCAUCAUUCCCGCACUGUGCCUGCAAUGAUGGAUGAACAAGCUGGGUGGGGCGGGAUGGGAUGGAAUGGUUUUGGGUGGGGAACAGUGAGCCAAACAAAUGGUGCCGGAUGUCGGACGCCAUUUAUAUGGCCGCUUUCAUGUGCCAAAUUGUCCCAGGCUGUGGGUCUACCAUCCUCUUGA